UUGUAUUGACGUUUUUAAUUGCGAUCUUCAUACACAAUAUAAAAUGAGCCACUUUAAUAAAGACAUAAUGGACAUUCCUACCCUUAAGGCAACUGUCCUUCUCCAUGGGAUCCCUAUAUCAGCAGAGAGUGCAGAAAACUGGGAACGAGUGACAGAUUUCCAAGCUAGACCUGAUGAUGUGAUCAUUGCAACCUAUCCUAAAGCUGGAACUACUUGGGCGAGUGAAAUUGUGGACACGAUUUACUGUGAAGGAAAUCUUGAAAAAUGUCGACGAGACACCAUAUAUAAUCGAGUACCUUUCUUAGAAUUUAAAAUUCCUGACAUGCCUACAGGAGUAGAAAUACUUGAAGGAAAACCAUCUCCAAGACUUGUAAAAACACAUCUGCCUAUUCAGCUGAUGCCAGAAUCCUUCUGGGAUAAAAAAUCAAAGGUGAUAUACAUUGCCAGAAAUGCAAAAGAUGUGGCUGUGUCAUACUACUUUUUCCACAAAAUAGUGAAAGCCUUGCCUGAUCCUGGACCUUGGGAUUCAUUCUUAGAUAAUUACAUGAAAGGAUAUGUGUGCUAUGGCUCCUGGCAUGAUCAUGUUAAAGGUUGGUGGGAAAAAAGAUAUGACCAUAAUAUCCUUUAUCUCUUCUAUGAAGACAUGAAAGAGAAUCCAAAGAGAGAAAUCAGAAAAAUGCUACACUUCCUGGAAAUAGAUAUGAGUGAAGAUAUUGUGGAGAAGAUUGUUCACCACACCUCUUUUGAAGAAAUGAAAAACAAUGACAUGGCCAAUUACAAAACCCUGCCAAAGGACAUACUUGACCAGACGACUACUAACUUCAUGAGAAAAGGAAUAGCCGGUGACUGGAAGAACCAUUUCACUGUUGCACAGAAUGAGACGUUUGAUGAGGACUACAAGAGACAGAUGUCAGACAUAGACCUACACUUCAGGACCGAGAUCUAAUGCAU